AUGAGCCCGGUUGAACAGAAUAUUUCUUCUACUAAGCCUUAUCAGUCAGUAUCUGCUUGUACUUCUCCCACCAAUUUAAAACAUACUGUGUCCUCUCAUUCUCCGUCAACUUCCUUCUUUUCUUGUUCAAAUGUUCCUAGUCCAUCCGAAACUCCACCUCUAGUUUCUACGAAUGUCACAGACAAUGUAGGAACUACAGAUAUAGUGCGUUUAGGACCAGGUAAUGUUGUUACUCGUGCCGCAGCUGGUUCAACUGUGUACAGUCCAUCGAGUUUAAUCCGAAUGCAUUAUUGUCCGCAGCCAUAUGUUGGGAUGGGAUUAACUGGAGCUCCAUAUGUUCCGGUUGUGUCUACACUCACAAUCUCUAAUUUGAAUGUCCCUUCACCUGUAUUAUCGGAUGGAAGUGAUUCUUGUUUAUGUUCAAAACCUACCAUCAAUUCGGAACCUAAUAUUUCAACUGCAUACUCAGAUCUGGGUACAACGAGCACACCUGAACCAGUUUUCCCCUGUUCAACAUCUUCCCCAAGUCCUACAGAAAUGUCUCCUACAAUAAUAAACCGACCUGGACCGAAGCGGAGCUAUGUGGAUCCCACUCUGCGGUCUUCAGCGCCAGUACCAUCCACAACUCAAUACCAACCCACCAUUGGAAACUCUGUUACUGAUACUCCUCACCUACCUCAUCCAAAACCUUUCAAUUCUCAUAAUUCACCAAGUUCACAAGUGGCUCGAACAGUGAGGCAUCUUCGGCGUAUUCGGCAUAUAUUCGGUGAUUCUUUUGGAUAUACCAGUUCCGCAACGUCUGCUUCAACAGGUGCACUUACAGAUGAAGAUAAAGAUUCUGUUUGUUCACCUAAAGUUAGUCAACUACGAUCUCAUGGAUAUCAUUCAGUUGAGUCAGUUAGAGGUUCAAGUUCACUGUGUGAUUGCUCUCCAGAUCGGAUAACAGAUAGUAAUGAUAAGAAGUCGAACAAAACCUCCUCUAAUUCUCAUACAUCAUAUCCUGUGAUUGCAUCAGUCUAUUGGAAUGACUCAGAGACAGAGGUUACCAAGAAAUCAUUACUAUGGUACAAUUAUCAAGUAACAUUAUCAUGUCAAACUUUAGUCUUAACACGGGAGAAAAGUUCAAGUCAGGUUGAUCCUAACGAUAGUCUAGAUCAUGUGCAUAUUCCUUUACCUGGAGAAAGUAUUGUUUGGCAUGUACUGAAUGAAUUGCCUGAUUUAGUCUGUCCAUCUUCACCUUCUCAUUGUGAUCGUGAAACUGGAAUUGUCGGCAUAUUGAACAGUACAAAGUUGAAUUUAACAUGUUAUUUGCAUUUUCCAAAUCGUCAAAUAGCUUCUUGUAUAUUUGAUCAUCUUGGGCCACAGAAGACUAUGGAAGACUGUCAAGGGAAACAACCUGUAGCUCAUACAUCAUCACAUGGAUUACUUUCUAAACUGUCUACGGGACGAUCUAGUCUUGGUCUUGCUGGACCUUCGGGUGUAACACCAUUGUUCAAAGCAAUGGGAACUGCAGCAGCAUCAGUUGGUAUGCAACUCGCUGAUUAUGUAAAUCUCCCAGGGAUGUCACAGUCUGUCUCUGUUCCUUCUCAGUCGUCACCUUCAACUGGAAAUGGAGAUAUUAGCAAGCUUAAAGGUGAGCAAACUUCAAAAGCUAAACCAUCUGAUACAUCUGAAUCUACAACACCACAGCCUAGUAAAUCUAAAGAUCUUAAAUUUCUUCCAUCUUUCCCCCGUGGUCGUGGUCGUUUACAACAGGCGCUCACCCGAAUGAGACGUGCAGCUACAGCAUCAUGUGAUCCUACGAGUCGUUCAGGUGCUAAUGUAACAACUCGUCGAUUUGCUUCAUCGCAUAAUUAUGGAAAAAAUAAACCUGGUCUAAUUAGUUUACCUUUUCAAACAUCUAUUGAACCUGUAAAUCCUUCCACUGAAUUAGAAAGCAGUUCUUCUAACAUCACAUCUCAGCCGUCUGAUCUCAGUCCAUUAACACUACUGCUUGCCACUUCUGUUUCGCCGUCACCUUCACUGCAAACUUCUUGUUUAACAUAUAUGCAAGUGGAACCAAAGGAAUCGAUAAAUGCUAACGUUGAUUCAUCUGAAGAAUCUCCAGAUUAUAUACACAAAGAGAUAUCUCAAUAUCACCCAAAUACAGAUACGAUAUCUAGUCAACAAUCAAAAUUAGAUUCUAAAACAACUGGCCAACUUACUGUCAUUGUAUCUGAAAAUACUGUCCAAGAUACAUCAGUAUCAGAAAGCAACUCUGAAAAGAGCAGACGUAAAUUGGCAAAUUCAAUGAAAUCUAAACAUCACUUUGUCCCACUACCUAUACAUCUUCGCGGUCCCCUACCACUGCAUAAAUGUCCUAGAAGUACACUGUCACCGUUUGUUCCGUUUGUGGUUGAACUGUGCGUAACACUCGUGGAGCGAUAUGGUCUAAAUUGUAUUGGUAUCUAUCGUCUCUCUGGAAGUAAAGUUGCCCAUGAUUUUAUCACCUCUGAGUUAAGCAGAGAUAUUACUACGGUUGAUGUGACAUCGGAUAAAUGGAAUGAUUUGCAUGCUGUUUGUGGUGUUUUGAAAACUUUUCUACGCAACCUACCCGACUCACUUUUCCCUAAAGUAAUGUAUCCAGACUUUUUGGCUGCAUGUCGUCUACCACAACGUGAAAAACGUCUUCUAUCUAUUCAACGUUUAUUAAGCAUAAUGGAGUGUUAUCCUUGUCAUCCAGAGUAUAGAGCACAUCGAGCUACUUUGCGUUAUUUGGCUACACAUUUGGCUCGUGUUAGUGCUCGUGAAGCAGUCAAUAAAAUGACAGCUUAUAAUCUAGCACUUGUAUUUGCACCAAAUCUUGUACAACCAUGUGAAGAUACGCCAGAAUUGUUGAUGAGUGACUCAAAAUAUAAAAUUAUGCUUGUUGAAACAGUGAUCAAAUAUCAUGCUUGGAUAUUUUCACCAGAUUUAGGCUUGGAGAGUGGUUGUUCCGUUCCACCAGAUUCUACAGAAGAUUUAACCCCUGAAAUUGAUGUUGGCAGUCGAGCUAUAUGUGACACAUCAGCAAGUGAUGCUGAUGACUCAGCUCAUCAACCAGGACGUAUUGAAGGUGAUGUACAACCAUUAGUUGCAGAAUUACUAAAUGCUGCUGCCAGUCUCCCACCUCCACCUUCUGAUACUGAUUUAGAAACUGCUGAGAUACCUGGCCCUGAAUCAGAUCGUCCAUCGGAUAUAAUAAUGUCAAGACCACGAUUUACAUCUAUUCCUGCUACUAAUUGGUCUACUUCAACGACAAGUAUUUCUAGAAUACCAUCAGGUGGUCUUCUUAAUGAAAUGUCAACAACAACUGAUCAUUUAUCCUCGUUAAAAAUUAAUACCGAACUUAUUGAAAUUCAGAAUGUUACUAUAGAUGGAAAUCGUAAGGAUUCAGAAGUAGAAUUGGGAAGAGUUGCUACUAGUGCAAAUUUACGACCACUGCAUACUCCUUCAGAUUUGGGAAUUAAACUAGACAAUCUACGCCAUCUAAGUCAAGGCUGUUUAGAACAGUUAACAUCAGAAGCACGUAAACUAGGUGUUCGAGUUGCUGAAAGUAGACGUCAGUUAGAAAGUACCGUAGCACAACGUUUACACGCUGAACAAUUACUAUUCGAGGCAAGAAGUGAAUGUUCCGACUUGUCUAAAAGUCAAAUUGACUCAUCAACAGAAUUACUUAAUCAAUCAGAGAAUCCCAUUAUUACUAAUACAUCGACUUCAAUUCAAUCCGUUGUCAUAAUGCCUGAUGAUUCUGUCAAAGAAGAAAAGAAUUCCAGUGAAUUUGAUGAUAAAAGCUUUAGGAACAAAACCUCCCUGAAUAAACCACACCAACUUUCUUUUGAUCAUUAUUACUCUGCUGUCUAUUUCUUUUUUUUCGAGAUUGAUAAAUUUUACAUCGAAAAUGUUGUAUAA